AUGGCGCGGACCAUGAGACCCGACGACAUCAACCCCCGGACGGGGCUGGUGGUGGCUCUGGUCAGCGUCUUCCUGGUGUUCGGCUUCAUGUUCACCGUGUCCGGCAUCAAGGGAGAGACCCUGGGGGACAUCCCGCUGCUGGCCAUCGGGCCGGCCAUCUGCCUGCCGGGCAUCGCCGCCAUUGCCCUCACCAGGAAGACCGACGGCUGCACCAAAUGGCCCAAGAACAAGUGUCCGUGCUGCAAGCAAGUCGCGGACCGGGACGUCAUGGAGCUGCUGAGGACCCCCUCGGACCUGGAGUCUGGCAAGGGCAGCUGCGAUGAGCUGGCCAAGAAAGCAUACCAGAAGGACAGGAGAGUGCUGCGGGGCGAGGACUCUGUGUCCAUCUGCACCACCACCACCACCACCAUGGGAGAGUGCAAGAGCCUCAUCAGAAAGGUGGAGCAGGAGGAGAUGCUGAGAUACCUGGAGACCUGUUACCCAGAGAUGCCGGGGAAUGUGUUCGUGGGAGAUGGCUCCACAUACAGUGCCUUGGAGAAGAAGAGCUCUUCUCCCACCAGGGACAGCAUUGCUUGCCCAGGCACUGAAGACAACAUUUUUGUUGCUCCUAAAGACAGUAUCAUUGUCUGCUCUUACAAGGAGAACAGCCCUUAUGACAGAUACUGUUGUUACAUAAACCCUACUGGAGUCAACUCAGACCAGGAGACCAUAGUGUGA